UCGAAAAAAUAUUAUGCAAAAUCCUCAAAACCCAAUUCUCACAUUCUUCAUCACCUUCCCAAGCCGAAUCACCAGCAAGCCACAAAUUCACUAGCCUCCGGCGACGAAACUAGUGGUUUUUACCCACAUAACCAUAAUCGAAGCAGGCUUUGAGAAUGAGGAAGACGACGGGGUAUGGAGAGUGAUCGGCGAAGAGGCAGAGUGGUCUGGUUUCCUCUCUCUCUCUCACUUACCCUUUUUGGGAAUUUAUAGUGCAACACUCCCCUCACACUCACACUCACACCCUCAAUUCUUUCUGCUUUUGUUGAAACGGAAUCAAUGGAUUCACUUCCAAACUCCUUCAAUCCCAACAAGCGCCUUAAAGAAGAAUUCGUGACCAAUUUGACUGGGUCUUCCAUGCUCGAAGUCUCUGCCCUUUUAACUAUAGUCUCUAUUCUCGUUAUUCUUCGCCACUCAUUUUCCUCCAAUCGCCUUUUCGACACGUCAUUGAAGAAAAAUGAUAACGAAAUCCUUGGUUCUAAGGAUUGGAGGGCUUACAUGGCUACAAUGGCUGUUGAUUUUCUUGUCCUUGUUCUCCCUAACAUCUUAUUUUUCACUGUUCUUGCUGAUUGGACAUAUUUAUGGGCAAUUUUGCUGAUCAUGGUACUGUUUUUUAUUAUUGCAUUGAAAAGAUCUGAUUUUCCUUCUCCUUCUUUGGAAAGAAGGGUCCAUUAUACUAAGGAAUUUAUCUCAUCAUACAGGGUUUCUAUGAUGAUUUUAACAUGCUUGUGUAUCUUGGCUGUUGACUUCAGAAUAUUUCCUAGAAAGUAUGCUAAGACUGAGACUUACGGUACUAGUUUGAUGGAUAUUGGAGUUGGCAGUUUUGUACUGGUAAAUUCAUUAGUCUCACGACAAGCACGAAAUGUCUCAUCUGUGAGGUGGAAGACUGCACUUCAAUCUACUAGUCCACUAAUCAUUCUAGGAUUUGUUCGUCUUAUUUCUACGGCAGGUGUGGACUAUCAGGUCCAUGUUGGAGAAUAUGGUGUGCACUGGAAUUUUUUUUUCACACUUGCUGCCACAUCGAUCCUUACAUCCAUAAUUAAUGUUCCCCCACGAUAUUCGGGAAUGCUUGGUUCAUUAGUUCUAGUAGGUUACCAAAUUUGCUUGAUGCGUGGGUUGAAUUUAUAUCUACUUUCUAAUGAAAGGGGAAUGGAUAUCAUCAGCCAGAACAAGGAGGGAAUUUUUAGCAUCUUUGGAUAUUGGGGUAUGUACCUUCUUGGUGUCCAGUUGGGUAACUAUCUAUUUUUCGGAAAUAAUUCAUCUGCUUUGUUGAGAAGCAACAGAUGGGCAGGGAUAAGAGCCUUGAUUCUUUCUAUUCUGUUCUGGAUAAUGACUGUUCUUCUUGACAGACAUGUUGAAAGAGUUUCCCGUAGAAUGUGCAACCUGACAUAUGUUACCAUGGUCUUGGCUUUGAACUUGCAGGGUUAAAGGGGUUCAAUGGAUGUAGUCUAUUGAGGAGUUUAAGGCUGCUUGGGAGAGUUCAAGCCAUGUUCAAUAUGUGAUUGGAGAUGGUCAUAGAGUACGGUUUUGGCUUGAUGCUUGGUGUGGGACUCAGCUCUGCCUUUAACAGUGCUAUAUCUGAAUCUGUACUCUUUAGCAAUGAAGAAGGAUGCUUUUGUUUAUUCUUACUUGGAGAUAUUCAAUGAGGGGGUGACAUGUUCAUGGAGCAUUCAUUUUGUAUGUGAUUUUAAUGAUUCGGAAUUGGAAUGAGUUUAUUUGUUCUUGGAAACCUUGUAUUUUAACAUCACAAGAGAUAUGGGCCCUGAUCGGUUGAGAUGAAGAUUAAAAAGUAAUGGUAAGUUUGAUGUUUGUUCCUAACAUGAGGUUUUUAAGAGGCACUAAUGGAGUGGUUUUUCCAUAGAGAAAUGCAUGGUGUACAAAGGCCACUAAAAAGGUGGUAGUAUUCUUUGCCCAGAUGCAGCAUGGGGCAAAUUUCUUACAUAUGAUAAGUUUGAUAACUGAAAAAUUACCGAUUGUCCCAAAAGUUUAAUAGUUAGGAAAUUGUGAAUUUAAUCAUUUAACCAUAAUUAUAACACUCCCCCCAUGUGUGGGUCUAAACUCACCCUUAAUAAGCAGGGUUUGAUAUGAGGAAUUUUUAACAUAUCAAUUGGGAGGUAGAGUGCAGAUAGGGAUCGAACUUAGGAUCUCCUGCUCUGAUACUAUGAUAAAUUACCGAUUGUUCCAAAUGUUUAAGUUGUUAGGAGAUGAUGAAUUUAAUCAUUUAAUCAUAAUACUAACAAUAGCCUUAUGAGAAUGGGUAUCUUUGAUGAUUAGAUGUUGUAUGUGGAAAUGAGGUGGUGAAAUGGUGGGCUAGAUACCAAUUCAUUGUAUUGUAGUGCUGCCUGAGCAAGUUGUGUAUGUACUGUCUGGGUGGUAGAUUUGUGUUGGUAUUCAUGGUAACCUUUUUGCUUGGAAUAUAGUUCACUGUGUCUAAUGUGGGCUAUAUGGAGGAGAGGAAUAAUUGCAGUUUUAAUGGUGUGGAGCUUUCGAUUAUGGAGUUGAAGAAUUUGUUUGAGAGUGUUGUUUGAGUGGUCUUGUACUUGUGGAAACAGUAAAGAGCAUUCGGUUCUGAUAAUAUGCCAUGUUAUUUGUUGCUCAUGAAGUAGAUACAGCUGCUCUUACCUCAUUCAAAGUUGUACCCUAUGAAGACCCAAAAAAGAAAACACCAUUUUCCCACUUCCUCUCUCUUUGUGCUUGUAGCUGAGAAUUUUUCCUAUGUAUCACAGAAAAUUUUAGCUAAAUAAAAUAAAAUAACAAUUUUCCUGUAGUAGUGAAGGGAGGCCUGGAUUAAAAUUGAAUGACUUUUGCACCACAAAUAGUGUUAGACAUUAGGGAAAAAUAAUAGGGUUAGUGUUCUUUCCUUCCCAUGUAACACUUUUUGGGGGUACUGGAUUCUCUCUCAAUUUAAUUUAAUUUUUCUUGAGAGAUUAAGUGAGAAAAGAAAAGAAAGGAAAGUUGAAGU